AUGGGUUCUGAUGUAGCGGUUCCUGAUUUUUAUCCUUCCACAUGUAAACUGGAAAAUUUAUCGCAAUUGGAGGAGGAAUACCUAGAGAAAGUCGUUAAAAAGGCUCUUCCAUCGAAUUAUAACUUCGAGGUUAAAAAAUGUGUACAAAGAAUAAGACGUAACGGUUAUUCUUCAGUAUGCCUCCAGAUGCCAGAAGGCUUGUUAAACUGGGCAGUUGAAAUAAGCGAAAUAUUAUUAUUCUUCUGUUACUCAUUGAAAGAAGUCAUUAUAAUGGGUGAUGUCACUUACGGAGCGUGCUGUAUAGACGAUUAUACAGCAACUUCACUUGGUUGCCAAUUACUAAUUCACUACGGACACUCAUGUUUAAUACCAGUAACAGAAGUAACAAUCGACUGCCUGUACAUAUUUGUUGAGAUAUCGUUUUCGGCACAAAAACUCUCAUCCGCAAUUGAGUCCUGCUUUGGACCAAACGAACACAUCCUAAUGAUGGGAACAAUACAAUACUCAAACGUUUUACGUGAGUCAACAUCAAUAAUGAACAAAAAUGGACAUUUUAAAUAUUAUGUCGAUGUUCCCCAAGUAUCACCGCUUCUACCGGGAGAAGUUUUGGGCUGUACGUCCCCAGUAAUUGAACUUAAACCAAGAAUUAAACCCGGUUUUGAGGAAUCCACCGAUGUUUCUAGCAAUAUAAUUUUUAUAGCAGAUGGUAGAUUUCACCUGGAGAGCACUUUAAUCCAGAAUCCAGGAAUUAAACUUUAUAGAUUCGACCCAUUUAACAAGGUUUUCACUGAGGAGUCUUACGAUUUGGAUGCACUACAUAGAGUUCGUUCAAAAGCUAUUUUGAAAGCUAGGAACUCUAAAAGUGUUGGGAUAAUACUUAGCACUCUUGGAAGACAAGGGAAUAUCAACAUCAUGAACAACAUCUGUAAUAUUUUGUCAUCCAAGAAAAUCAAACAUUUUAAGAUAUUGGUCUCUGAGAUCACAAUCGAUCACCUUAAAACACUUGAUCUUGACUGUUUUAUCCAGAUUGGUUGCCCUCGAUUGAGUAUAGACUGGGGCGACUCGUUUCCGAAGCCACUGUUAAACCCAUACGAAGCAUACGUAGCAUUCAAAAAUAUUGAAUACAAAUCAGUGUAUCCGAUGGACUACUACUCAAAAUGUGGAGGAGAAUGGACAAACCACUCAGCUAAUGCCAGUUGUUGCAAGAAUCAAAGUGUUAAGGAAUCAAUUAAAGACCGACUUUUACGGAGAACACUCAUGUCAAGACAUUUAUCAUACUCUAAAUGA